UGUUGGUCAUCCAGAGUUGGACAGACAGCGCCUUCCUUAUCCUAAGCACACACCAUCCAAAACCUCCUCCACGCUCUAUCUCUCCAUGGCUGCCGCCGCCGCUUCGCUGCUCCACCUCGCCACCUCCGCCUGCUCCCCGCCGCGCGUCAGGCUCGUCGGCCCCACCACCGGCCGGAGAUCGCCGCUGCGCGCGGCUCCGGCGCCGCCGCCGCCGCGGGCGUACAAGGUGACGAUCGAGCACGGCGGCGAGUCGCGGGUGGUGGAGGUGGAGGAGGGCGAGACCAUCCUGUCGCGGGCGCUCGACGAGGGCAUCGACGUGCCGCACGACUGCAAGCUCGGCGUGUGCAUGACGUGCCCGGCGCGCCUCGUCGCCGGCGAGGUGGACCAGAGCGACGGCAUGCUCAGCGACGACGUCGUGGCGCAGGGCUACGCGCUGCUCUGCGCCUCCUACCCGCGCUCCGACUGCACCAUCCGCGUCAUCCCCGAGGACGAGCUGCUCAAGGUCCAGCUCGCCACCGCCGACGACUGAGGCACAUCGCGCGCCCGCCGCCGCCGCCGUCGCCGGCGUGUGUGUCAUCUCCGGCUAGCUUGUACAACUUUUUUCCCCUCAAGUGGUAUUUCCCGAGAUAUUUGUGACAAUUGCUCCUUUGCCUAGCUAGUUGUUUCAGUUGUGAUAAUGUAGUAUCUACUAUUUUUGUUUUAAGCAUUAUGUAGGAUACAUAGUAUUAUUUCUAUCUUUUUCAUAUUCUAAGAGACGAACUACAAAAGGGUAAUGUACAAAAAUUUGGGGAGCUCAGCAUGUCUGGAAGCACGGGAGAACGUUCUUUUGCUGAUAUUAUUACCAGUAUUCGAUACUGGGUUAUUCA